AUUUGCCAUUUUGAAAUAAAAAUAUGUUCAAAGGUUGAAAAAAAGUAAAGAAAAUAAGUUGUCAUUAAAAUAAAGUUGAAAAAAAUAAAGUGAAAUGCCUAACGAACCAGAAAAGAACCCACUCUCGGGAAAUAAACCGACCAUACAUACAACACAUCAAUUACCUAUUGAUCUAGCUGUAACAAACAAAGUUAUUGUGAAGCCAGCAAAUGAAAAAAUGUCCAUACAGCAAACGUUUCGAACGAUUCAACAACCACCUACAAUGAGAGUUGUUCGAAUGCCGGGCACAGGAGCAUCCGGUGCACAAAUUAUUCAGACACAGAUUAUGCCACCUACAAUUUUGAAAUCGUCAAUUCCUGGAAGAUCGACAAUUACUGUUUCUAAAUCUCCAACAACUUAUCUUCCUCGGGUGACAGCAACGUUGAGCACAAUUCAGGGAGCUAAAGGUACACAACAAAUUCGUACGCCUACUCCACCCGCAUCCUCUGUAGCUGGUAUAUCACCUGCAUUUGUGAGAUCGAUUACACCGCGAACAUCAUCACCAAAUGCUGUUCUGUCACAAGGUACAACUGCUUGGGUGUCAGGAAGCGGUGCAAUGCAAGUUCAGGUACCUCAACAAAUUAUUCGUUCAACAAUAACUCAGAAUCGUACAAUCACUGCAAAUAUCUUUGGACAGUCUACAAAUCAACAAGGAUCGAAUAUCAGUGUGACGACAACCACAACUGGGGCAUCAGGUCAACCAACAUAUGUCGCUACAGUUCUUCCUCAGCGACCACAAGGAGCUACAAUUGUCUACACCUCCCAGCAACAGCAACCAUUUAUUCAAGGACAAGUUCAACGAAUGGGAUUAACGACAGGUACGACAAAUCCUCGUCAAAUUCGUCCCAUACAGAGGAUUCCAACAACAGGCAUUCGAGUGAAUACUUCUGGCUUGAGUAUUCGUCAAAAUGUCCCUAGCUUAACACCUACUACGGUUAUUGCAACACAAAAUAGAACCAAUUCGGGAUUAGCGUCGUCAACAACAAUUUCUAAUACAAUCCCGGCAAGAAUUUUCCAAGUUCAAUCACAACAACCUGGAGGGUCUCAAAUCAUCAGUCAAUCUAAUCAAAAAAUUGUUUCUGCUAACGUUAUGUUGCCUAUCAUUGUGAACAGCCCUCGUAUAACUCAUUCAGUGAAAAAUCCUUUGCCUCAAGGAAUCAUUGCACAUGUGAGUAAAUUGACUUCAGGAACAGUUUCGAAUGACGGUACAAUUAUAAGCAAUUCUCUAACAAACACUAUGGCAUCGAUGUCGAACACAAUGGUGGCGUCAAUUCAAACGAAUCAGUCAGGACAAUCUCAAGUCACGCAGGGUAAUAACCAGCAACAAGGGACUAUUUACACAACUCAAUCAACCCAACAAGUACAAGGAAUGACGAGUCAAGGUGGAAAUCAAAUUAUUACGGUUUCACAACAACAGCCGCAACAAUUAAUUAGUAAUCAAUCGAAUAUUCAUCAAAGUGGAAAUGUACAGACUGUCGUUCCAUUAGCAAUUGGUUCAAGAAGUGGAAAUAUUCCUAUCAAGACAAUAACCGUUUCAGCAUCAAAUUCUGGGUCACUGGAUAGUUCAUCUGUAGUUCACCGUAAUCUGUCAUCUAACACUGGAAAUAUACAAGCAACGACAAUUAUGCCAAUUACUAAGAUUGUGUCCCAACAGCAAGUGGUGAAUCAGAAUCAACAGAACAUUUCUGGUUCACAAGUAAAUCAAGGGACGCCUGUGUACAUUCACACAAGAAUCCCAACUGUAUCGACUGUUGCAUCAUCAGCUCAAUCGCAAGUUAUCGCUGUAUCCUCUUCGAGUUCAACACCAACGUAUUCUACUUCAGGAACUCCAGCAACUGUUUAUUACGAGCAAGCUUCUGUCACAACAUCAACGACUACACCAUCUUCCUCGAGCAACGAGCAGUCAUACACUGUUGCGUCUGCUUCAAAUAUUCGAUACAAUGAGAAAAUGAUUCAUUCAAUAAUCGCAACGAGUUAUCAAAAUCAAGCUGCUUCUGCUCAAGGAAAUUCAUCGCAUAUUCAACAACAAUCGUCAUCGUCGAAUCCAAUUCGGUUCAGUCCAUUAGUUGUUGAAAAUCAAAGUGGAUCGCAAAAUCAACAAUCGCAUCAGAUUAUAACAAUGGGUGCAGGAAAUAUUAUUCAACAGCAACAAGGAUCAAUUGCAGAUACUGCAACUCAUGUUAUUGUACCAAUUUCUAAUCAAGUUCCAACUUCACCUCGUGGACCGGUAGCAGCGAUAAGGAAGCAAAAUGAAACGACACCUGUAAAGGGAGCUAAGAAACAGCCGAAAGGAAAGAAUUACCAAGUUCAUGAGACAUUGCAAUUGAGAGGCCCACAACGUCCACAAAUGUCAGCGGCUGUUGCUCAACUUACUAAUGUGAAGCCUUUAGAACCAAAGCAACAUUCAACUGCUUCCUCUCCAAAAACAAUAUUUUCAGAACGUGAAAGUCCUUUGCAUGGUGACGAUUGGUCUGACGGUUCGACGACAGUUUCGAUACCGAAUAGUCCACGAUCCGAAGAUGAAGAUUUAGAUGCUUUAAUAAUGAGUAACCAAUUUAACAAAGUUAAUGAGGAAAUUGGAAAGUUUUUGAAUAAAACUCCAGCAAAAAUAAAUAGCGCUGUUAAACGAGAAUCGAGUGAGCAACAAGCGAUUCCUCGAACUAAAAAACUUAAAACCGAACGUGUUGCUACUGACAUUUCUGAUUCUGUCGCUGAAACUAACAAUGAGAAUAGUGCGGAAAAUGCGAACAAUAAGAAGAAAGAUGUUGUGUUGAAAAAGCCACAAGCUUCAUUGUUGCCUGCUUACAAUCAUGCACCAAAACACGCUCAUAAUCACUUCUUACGCUAUUCUGAUGUAAGAGUACGUGACGAACGAAAGCCAAGCGUAAUGGACUUGGCUAAUCAACCAAAGGUUGCUCAACGCGUUAAUGGUUGGAAGACUCAUAUGAUAAAUGCUGAAAUUACUGAAAUGAUCAAUGACGAGACUCAGGAAAUGGAGAAGCUGAAUGCAGUCUUGAAAAGAUUGGAAACAUUUGAAUCAUCCCAAGAAGCUGAAAAAGCAAGCGAAUUAAUAAAGGGGAACUUACAGAGGAGUCGUUUAAUUAUUGACUCUUUCAUGGAUUCAAGAACUCAACUUCUCAAGAUAUUUGAUCACAAGGAUCAUGCAAGUGACAUAAUCAAUCGAUGUGCUUCUAAACGCAAUUUUAAGAAGCGAUAAAUUUUAAACACAAAACACUUUUUAUUUUUUUUAAGAAAUUCUAAUCGUAUGUAGAAUUUAAGCUUAUUUUUAUUUUUAUCUGCUAAAUUUUCAUGAUCAAAAAAUUUGGCAUUUACAAGCAUGAAAUCUCCUUUAACUUUUUUCAAAAUUUUAUUCUCAUUCUAUUUAUUUUCUUUUUGUAUUUGAGAUGAACCAUUUCAAUAAAGGUUUAAUAAUUUCAUUGAAAAGUUGAAAAAUAAAUUGACUGUUUUGUAGAAAACUAUUUGUAAGAAAGAAACUGUGGAUGAAUAAAAAAGUUUAUUGAUUCUUUAAACAUCUGUUUAAUUUUGAAAGUAAGAUGAGUAAGAAAGGGGAAAUACAUUCAAGGUUUUAUCAUUCAGAAAUUUAAUAUGAGCCAUCAGGACUUCCAUCACUAC